AUGGAUCUCCUCUUCUCGUACCUUAACACCAGCAACAUCGGAAUCGUAACGGCGAUUCUCUUGACGAUUUGGUUCCUCCAGAGGUCGUCUAGAGCCGGCAAAGCCAAGCUACCGCCGGAAGCCGCUGGGAAAUGGCCCCUUUUCGGCCAUUUCCACCUCCUAGCGGGACCCAAACUUCCGCACGAGGUCUUGUGCGAAUUGGCCGACAGGUACUGGCUCAUCUUCAGAAUCCGCAUAGGGGUGUACCCGACGUUGGUGGUUUGUAGUCACGAGGCGGCCAAAGAGUGCUUCACGGCGCACGACGUCGCGGUCUCUUCGCGUCCCAAGCUCAUGAGCGGGAAGCUCUUGGGCUAUGACUAUGCAAAUUUCGGGUCCGCCCCGUAUGGGGCGUUUUGGAGCGAGAUGUAG